GCCUAGGCUAGGCGUGGAGGAGAGCCAGAGGUCCUGGAUGACUCAAAUGACUGUGUGUAAUUUGGCCUUCUCCAACCCAACUCAACCUCAACUGCGCUCACGGAGGUGCAAUGUCGAAAGGGGUUUUUCCAUGACCAAUCUUUAUUUUGGAGUCGAACUGGACCAGAUUGGUUCAACUAUGAAUUCGUGAAAGACAACUGUCAGAUACAUAUGGACGGAGUGCUUCUUUACGGUUUUCUAGCAUCUGUUUAGAUUAUUUGAGGAGCAGUUUUUUGUGGGCGCUUCCUCUCAUGUGUGUGCCACGAAGGUUCAGGAGUGAUCUUGUCUUAUGUUUAGACAUGAUGAAGCAUGUGGAUCCCUAUCGCUGUCUGUUUCAAGAGAGUGCUUUGAAAGAUGAGGAUGAUUUUAUUGGAAACUCAUACAGAGAUCUAUGAAUAGACUGUUUUUGCAAGCAAUGGUCAAACAGCACACAAAGGUCACCCGAGUUCACCUAACGCCUGAAGUAGGACUUCAUCUGAUUACACCACAAUGUCAUCUGUGGAGGUCCCCUGGAGAGUCCAGCCCUUUUGAUGAUCCAUUCUGGGCUUUUUAUUGGCCAGGGGGCCAAGCUUUGACGAGGUAUAUUCUUGACCGCCCAAAGUGUGUACAAAACAAGUGUGUCCUUGACAUUGGCUCUGGUUGUGGCUCUGCUGCAAUAGCAGCUAAGAUGUCUGGUGCCUCCCAUGUCUUAGCCAAUGAUGUCGACCCAGUUGCUUCAGUUGCCAUUGACCUAAACAUGAGAGAGAACUCAGUAAAGUUGGAUAUAAACACUAAGAACCUGCUCAGUGCAAAACCAUCUGGAGCAGCGAAUGUUGUUCUAAUGGGGGACAUGUUCUAUGAUCCAGAUUUUGCACAAAUGAUAGUGUGGUGGCUUCAGCAUCUUUCUCCUGAUACAACAGUGCUCAUCGGAGACCCAGAUCGUUUGCCAUUCGUUAACCAUCCCAUGAAGAAAUUUCUGCAUCUCGUAGCUGAUUAUGAACUCCCACAAGAUUGUCGUUUGGAAAACAAUGGCCUCACUCAGGGGAAGGUUUGGAUGUACAAGGCUUCUUGACAAAUGAUUGUAACUGGUGGACCUUUUGAUCUGUGACGUUAGAAGUGGGAGUGAAUUACAUUUGGUGUGAGAGAUUACGCACGUCAGCAGCUGAGAGGAAAAUAGAGAGGAGUGACUUGGGUUUGACAUAUUUGAGAUGCUGGAAAUGUUUUCAAAAGUGAAGGAUGUUGUGUAAGACAAUAGGUGUGCACUGUAUAGUGUGACUGGAAAUGAAAUGUGUGUGAACUAUGUACGGCUCAUAGAAUGUUGCAAGCAUGUCAUUAAAUGCUAAGGUCUUGCCUGACAAGUCAUUGUUUCAUUAUUUUGUCGCUCAAAAAUCUCCCAGUUUUAAAUUUGUGAGAACCUUGUGAACAGAUUACCAUUAUCAAUUGAUCGUGUUUACCAAGUGGUCGUCCAAAGUAAAAGUUCAGUAGGGCAGCAGGUCUGAUAAUUAAGGCUAAUUAAUUCUACUGCUUACAGGAGACACUGACCUCUGAUCAUCAUAUAUGGACCUGUCUGUUUAGUCUUUUGUGUUAUUUUCCAGCAGGUAAUUUAAGAUCCAUAUUUGCUGGUGAAAACAUUGAACUUUUUUUUAGCUGGUUUAGAAAAUUACAGGUACAAGGAACAGCAGAAUUCUGCAAGAAGAAAUCUGAAAAGAAUUAGCAUAAAAGCAAAGAAAAGAGAAUCAUUUUGAAAUGGUGUCUGUAGUGUAGCACUAAGGGUAAGGUUAUAUUCACCAUUCCGUGCAGAAGGCAUGAGUUUGAUUUGCGGAUGUGGAAGGUUUUUUUGUUGAGUAUUUUUGUCUACUGGUAUGAUUAUGUCCCCUCAAUCCAGGGUUGACCCUGACAGGCAGUGGUGAACCAGUCUUUCUUUAACUUUAAGAUCUAAAUUUUGUUAAUGAUGGAGUGUAACACUUUUAGUUAAUGUACGCUAGAGAAUGCCAGUGUUGAGUGUGUUUAUUUGACUUUAAACGCCUCAAAUCAUUAGUCCAUAUAUAAGUCAAGCAUCUGCUGCAUAAGUAUGUCAUAUGUUGAUUGAUUGUGCCCUUAAGUGUAAGAUGAGGGGCUGUCAUGGUCCAGAAGUAUGAUGUGCACCUCUCUUUCAAGAGGCCGCGGGUUUGAAACCUGACAUUAAUUAGCAUUUUUUUAAAUUUAUCUAAUAAAUUUUCUACUUUCACCUCCUUUCCUGUUCUCUAGCCCUGUUGUCAUCUGAUUUAUCUCCACUUCCUCAUAUCACUCCUGACCUCCUCUGGGUUCCUUUCUCCUUUACUCCUGACUCUUUCUACUGCUACUCCUGGCUCCCUCUAACUGCUGUCUUUCAGCCCCAGCCCUGAUCUUAGGAUAGAUAUAUAAGUCUAUCUUUAGCCUUCUCAGGUAUGCAGGGCUGCCCAUCAUUACCAAUUUGUCAGAAUCAUUAUGUUUUUUUCAGUUUUAUGAAAAUAUGAUUGUAGUUCCCCAGAGUCCGAUUUUUUAAAUUUCAGCUGCCCCAACUCACUGCCGACCUUCCCAUUGUAUGAGGGGAGAAAAACUACUGGACCUGGACUGUCUGCCUCGCUAUGUCAUGUGCAGCUGUCUAACUUUAUCUUAACUUUAACAGCCUCUUUGCAUUGAGCCCUUGUAGUCGCUCAGUGCCACUUUGCCCUUAGAAAAACAAGACUUUAGAAGUGCGUAAGCCAGGAAUAUUAUAAGCAAACAUUAAGCUGGCAUGGUGUGAGAAAAUAUUAAAUCAAUUUCUAAAUCA